AUGAUCGGUUGUCCCCAGAUCUCAUCCAUCAACUAUCAUCCGCACUCACACCGUAUAAUCGUCACCUCCCGUGAACCAAGCAACACGUGUGACAUCUACCUCUUCUCCCCUCCCAAGUCCGCCUCGAACGACGACCGGCCUCUCUGGCUGCUCGACAGAGCAAAUCAUCUCCGCCACACCUCCUUCAACACUGGCCGCCGCGAAGGCGUCGUGAACCAAACAACACCGGCGCCGCCCUCCUCUUCCUCCUUGACCUGCGUCAUCGGUACCUCCUACGGCCUCCUCAAGCUCACGUCGGACGAACGAAUCCACUGGCUUGGCCCGGCCCGUCCGCGCCCGGGCCCUGCCGAGGGCGAUUUCUUCGACCAGUCCUUCCUCCCCUCUAACCCCAACGUCCUCUUAGCCGGAGGGCGCAACCGCGACGUUCGGAUGAUCGACAUGCGCGUCAAGUGGUCCGAAUGGGAUAAUAUCCCCGUCGGGCCCGUGGCGCGCCUAAGAGCUGUGAACCCACAUCAGUUCCUCGCCGCGGGGCCACGUUCGCGGAUGGCACUGUACGACAUCCGUUACCGGCAGCGGAAGCCGAACGGCGCGAAGCCGGUGGUGGAGUUCGCCGGGUACCGGAACGAGGCGCACAUGCACAUCGGCUGGGACGUCGACCUCGACUCGGGUGUCGUGGCGGCGGCGCACGACGACGGGCGCGUGGGCGUGUACUCGCUGCUCUCCGGACGGAGGCUGAUGUGUCCCGCGGUCGACGCCGUCGCGGCGAGGACGCCGGUGCGGAGCCUGCAGUUCCAGACGAUGCCGGGGCGGAGGCAUCCAAGCCUAUUCGUGGGCGUGGGGCCGAACCUGAAGAUGUUCUCGAUUGGAGCGCUCGGGGAGGAUGACGAAUGUUGA